UCCGGGCUCCAGCAGUAGAAAAGCCGGCCACCUUCAGACAGCGCCGCGUGCUGACGCGGUCUGCUCACAGCCUAGCUGGCGCUCUCCUCUUGCCUUCCCACGGCAUCCAGACACCAGCAAAGCCGCAGGCUAGGGGAUUGCAAAGACGCCGGGAUCUACCGGUGGUGGCACGGAGGGUGGCGCCAGCAGCUCUCCCAAUCUGGGCGGAGAGUCCAUGCAUCUCUGAGGCCAUCCAACUGCGAUGAGCAACUUCCCCGGUAGCAAGGCAACUUUGGGUUAACCUUCAGUCUCACUUCAGGCAGAGGGCUGACUCUUUCCUGGGACCCGAGCUCAAGGGCAUCUGCAGAGGCUCAAAGAAGGUACCUCAAACUGGGAUUUCUACAGUCACCACCGUCAAGUCACCACCACUGAGGAGCCCCAUGGCUGGCCUUGUGCCCUGAGACUCAGGGAGAGCACACGCAGGUCAGUGCCGGGUGCUCCCGGUAGACACCUGGACCGAGCAUCGGCUCCGCCCCACGUGUCACGCUUUAAAGGGGUGCUCCCUCGGUGUCGCGGUCGGUCGUGGUCGCGGUCAUGGAGGGCACGCCCGCAGCCAACUGGAGUAUCGAGUUGGACCUCGGGAGUGGAGUGCCGCCGGGGCCGGAGGGUAACCGCACGGCCGGCCCGCCACGACGCAACGAGGCCCUGGCGCGCGUGGAGGUGGCGGUCCUGUGCCUCAUUCUGUUCCUGGCUCUGAGUGGCAACGCGUGCGUGCUGCUGGCGCUGCGCACGACGCGCCACAAGCACUCGCGCCUCUUCUUCUUCAUGAAGCACCUGAGCAUUGCCGACCUGGUGGUGGCUGUGUUCCAGGUGCUCCCGCAGCUGCUGUGGGACAUCACCUUCCGCUUCUACGGGCCCGACCUGCUGUGUCGUCUGGUCAAAUACUUGCAGGUGGUGGGCAUGUUCGCCUCCACCUACCUGCUGCUGCUGAUGUCGCUCGACCGCUGCCUGGCCAUCUGCCAGCCGCUGCGCUCGCUGCGCCGCCGAACCGACCGCCUGGCGGUGCUGGCGACGUGGCUUGGCUGCCUGGUGGCCAGCGCGCCGCAGGUGCACAUUUUCUCGCUGCGCGAAGUGGCGGACGGCGUCUUCGAUUGCUGGGCGGUCUUCAUCCAGCCCUGGGGACCCAAGGCCUACGUCACAUGGAUCACGCUCGCCGUCUACAUCGUUCCGGUCAUCGUGCUGGCCGCCUGCUAUGGUCUCAUCAGCUUCAAGAUCUGGCAGAAUCUGCGACUCAAGACGGCAGCGGCGGCGGCGGCCGCAGAGGGGAAUGACGCGGCCGGUGGAGCUGGGCGGGCGGCGUUGGCGCGGGUCAGUAGUGUCAAGCUUAUCUCCAAGGCCAAAAUCCGCACAGUGAAGAUGACCUUCAUCAUCGUACUGGCCUUCAUCGUGUGCUGGACGCCGUUCUUCUUCGUGCAGAUGUGGAGCGUCUGGGACGUCAAUGCGCCCAAAGAAGCUUCCGCCUUCAUCAUCGCCAUGCUCUUGGCCAGCCUCAACAGCUGCUGCAACCCCUGGAUCUACAUGCUCUUCACAGGCCACCUCUUCCACGAACUCGUGCAGCGCUUCCUCUGCUGCUCCGCUCGCUACCUGAAGGGCAGCCGGCCCGGAGAGACAAGCAUCAGCAAGAAAAGCAACUCGUCCACCUUUGUCCUGAGUCGGCGCAGCUCGAGCCAGAGGAGCUGCUCUCAGCCAUCCUCGGCAUGAGCCAGGGGCCUGGCCCACCAGGCCGGCCGGUCGCUGGGUUGUGUGGCCUCUGCUCUCCCCCCUGGUGGCUGUGCACGGAGCUGUGUGAGGUGCCUCUUGGUUGGCAUCCCUCCUCUCCUUGGGUUGGCUAGAGCGUGUGUGCCAUAGUCUGACUUACGAUAGGGAAAUGUCUCCAUGGGAGAUGACAGGGUCACUCAGCCAUCAGAAGGUCACCCGGACUCCCACCUGUUUCUACUACCCUGACCCAAGUGCUCCUGGGUGGUGGGCGGACUCUCCUGCACCUGGCUUUUGUUCCCCGCUCCCCUUGUUUAUCCUGGUAUCUUGUGAAAGACAGCACACCUAGGAUUGGUGGCCAGCUACUUGAGGAAGCCCAGUGUGCUGAGACAAGGAGUGGGAAAUGCGGCUCCAGACCGAGUGGUGCGACUUUCCUUCUGAGCUGAGUUGUGUGGAGAGAUCUUACCAUCCUUAGGGCAUCCCAGAAAGCACUGGGAGCUGGAAACGCCUGAGCCUCGAAGCCACCUGGCUCUGGAAGGCAUUUCAGUGAGGGCUGAAAUGUUGAAGACGCUGUUGCUUGGCAAACAUUUGGGAAGGAAAGGGGGAUGAGAGGCACCAGGACAGACAAGGGAGAAGAGCUGUUUAUACACAACGGUGACCCAUGCAUACGUGAUCCUAGGAGCACUCACGUACAUAUGUGUACAUGCACACACAUGCAAGUAUCCCUACUCACCCCCACCUCUCCUUUUCCUUCCCCCACCUCUCCCCAGAGCUGACAGAUGAAUAGCAAGGUUAGUGCCAGAUCAGUGUACCAAGAUUGUUCCUAUUCCCUGAUAGUGCUGGUGACCAAUGGGAAAGUGAAGUAAGGAGCGUUCACCCGUAAAGUCCCAGAACGGAUGAAUAAGGGGGCUCAGGUUAACAGAGAAAUGUAAGCCCGUGCCCUGAAAGCUCCAAACAAGCACUGGAGGGAAAUGAAGGAGAACAAAUAAACGGGGCCACCUGGUGCUUAUGAAUCAGAGAUGUAAUAUUAUUGGACAGAUUUGAUGUAAUCCUCAUCAAAAUCCUAGCUGGCUUCUGCAGAAAUUGAUAAAGUGAUCCUAAAGUUCCCAAGGAGAUGGGAAUUGGGGUGGUUAAGAUGCUUUGGAAUUUAUGGUGGGUGUGCAAGUCUGAGAAUGUAUUAAAAUUAAUAAAACAAACUCCAGAGGCCGAGGAGAUGGCUCACUCGGGGAAGUGUGGCUGAGCAAGUGAGAGGACCCCACUUCAUCAGCCCCGCCUCCACGUAGAAGGUGGGCUCGGUGUGUCUUAACGUCAGCCCUGGGGUGUGGGGGGUGACGGGUGGAUCCCAGAGACUUGCAGGGCAGCUGGCCUAGCCCGAUUGAUCAACUCGGAUUUCAGCAAAGGCUCCAACUCAAGAUAAACAACUAAGUAAAUCAAAAUAAGGUGGAGAGUGAUGGUAGAGAACACCGGAAGUCGACCUUUGGUCUCCACAUGUACCUGUGGAUAUACAACAUACACACGCUUACAUGCAAGCAUAUUCACACACAUAUGCACACACGCUCAAAACCACUAAACUAUAUACACUUGAAAAUGUGAAAAAAAAAGCAUUCAAGAGCUGAGUUCUGGGAAAACCAAAACGAUGGAUGAAUUUCUUGGCCUAUCUUCGAGUGCAGUUUCUCCUGUGACUCACCGCCUCCGAGUGUCUGCAGGAGAGGCAGGCUCUAUUCUGGCCUGUGAAAGCAGUGACGGUCCCCAUUUGCCUUUAACGAAGGCCUGAGGGAAGCUCUGCAGCUCCGUGUCCUGUCUUCCUUAGGACAGCAUUUUCCCAGGCGUCUUAAAGGUUUGUUUAUUGGAUUCACAUGCUCUCAAAUGUCCUCUCAGCCUUGAGCGCAGGAUAUGACUCUGUCUCAGAAAUACCUUUGGCCAUUAAGUAUAGGACACAACUGAAUAGUGGCUUUCUGUCUGUGGCUGGGCACUGUGCACUGUGCACAGUCCUUUGAAAUAUCCAGACUUAAUUCUGCACUUACUGGAAUAUAUCAAAGGCGCUUCCAAAAUGUCUAGAAUCUGUAGAUACACUUUGUUACCCACCCCCACCCACUUCUGAACAUAUUUUCUUCUGCUACACUGCAGUAUUUGCCCAACCCCAUACAUGUACCUGUAUGCUCAUAUACACACAUGAAUAUGAAUCAGUCCAGUCCAUUGUUCAGGGAGGAGGGAGCCAUGUGCCACAGUGGCCAAGUUCAACAUCAAUUUAGGGCAAGCUGGCUGACAGCAGCUGGAGACAGGAGGCAAUGUCAUUUUUGGACCCAGGGACAUGAACCUCCGUGCAUGCAGUGUCACACCAGCUAGUCCCUGCUCUUUGAGAAGCUAGCAAGGUUUCUUUAGUGUGUCUGUGCCUAUGUUCUAGACCAUGCUGCUCUCCCGGGUGCAGACAUGGAGUAGCCUGUUAGCAUGCAUGUCUUGCAGAUGUUCUGAGUCCCUGCUGUUCACAAAAAAGUUGCUAUCCUUAGAGCAGACAGGUGUCACUAGGGGUCAAGGGAAGGAGUGACUCAGAUAUUCUGACCAUGGGCACAGUGUUCCUGAGAGUCCCAGAGGGCGUAGAAACCUACUGGGGUGCUGCUGUCAGUCUACGUGAAAAGCUCUAGCUGGUCCUUGGGUCUUGUCCUGACACCUGUCUCUAUGACAUAAGUGACAAUUGACUUCACCCGCAACAUUGGAUUGCCACUGUACUGUCCUGAACUCACAGGAAAAUAAUUUUACCAUUUCUCCAAUUGUUAUUUCCCCAACAAGAGCUGAGAAUCUCUAGGGGUUCCAAACACUCUCUCCUAGUCUGUGGCCUGUAUUCUCCAUCCUCGUAUCCCACACUUGACAUACCCCAAUGUCCCUUCCUGUUUCCCAUCCUGUUUAUAGUCCAUGUGCAGGGCUGAAGGUUGUAUUAAAUUGGAGCAUGCUGAAUGCUCUGGAAUAUUUCAUUGUUCUGACCACGAGAGGUCAGUGUGCAAACUGUGAGAGUUACUUGGGCCCUGCAAGAAAAGAGUCUGCAUUAGGAAAUCCAUGGUCUCCUUUUGGGACAAAUCUGAGCCACCACUUCAGGGAGCACAAGGGGAUGUCAGUGCGGGCUGCCGGAUGACUGUGCUGGCUUUCAGCCCGUAGCUUCUGUAUGCAAUUGCAAUGAGAUGCCCCUCGGUACCCGGGGUGGAUUCCUCGAUAGUGUCAUUUCAUGGGCAUUUGUGUGGUGCCCAAUGUCCCCUGCAUCUGGUGAGUGACCCAGCCAAUCCUGAAAUGCCUGCUUUACCAGCCGCUUCAUAAAUGGUGCACUUAAUAAACUUUUUUUCUGUA